AUGGAGGAGCAGGUCGCGAAUGCCAUAGAAAUCGCCGGGAACCCAGCUUCAGACCAGGCCCUCAAGGCGCAGGCUUUCGAAUACAUCAGCCAGCUUCGCUCAGACCCGUCGGGAUGGCAGCCGUGUCUCUCGAUCUUUACAAAGUUGCCCCGUCAUUCGGAGAUAGUACGGCAUGUGGCCCUGGAGAUUGUCACCAGCGCCACGCAGUCUGCCCAGGUGGAUUUGCAAGGGCUUGGGUUCAUCAAGGACAGUCUCAUGUCCUACUUGCAGGAGAUGUAUGGGGCCGGAGCUACGAACGAGCCAGACCAGGCGAAUAUCCAGAACAAGCUUGCCCAGACGAUUACCUGUCUCUUCUCUGCCCUCUAUGCCAACGGAUGGGACACAUUCUUCGAUGAUAUCCUGCGCCUGACCUACAAGUCGCCUGAGAAUCCAGCCCGAGACAACGGUUUGGGGACCGUCUUCUUUCUCCGUGUUAUCAAUUCCAUACAUGACGAGAUAGGUGAUGUCCUACUCUCACGUUCGCGGGCCGAGCAGGACAGGGCAAAUACACUGAAGGACCUUAUUAGGGAGAGAGAUGUGCAGAAACUGGUCAACUCGUGGCUGGAGAUUCUAGGGCAGUGGCAGGAUCAGGACAAUGUCAUCACGGCCAUGGUGCUCAAGGCAAUCGGGAGCUGGGUAAGUUGGAUCAAUAUUUCCCUGGUCGUCAACCAGGGCAUGCUUGAUCUUCUAUUCCACCAGCUCGCAAAGGCUAAGGACGUAAACCUAAGUAAUGGAGGGGAAAGAGUCCGGGAUGCUGCCAUUGACGUCUUUACGGAGAUUGUUGGAAAGAAAAUGAAGCCGUCUGAUAAAGUGGACAUGAUCGUUUUUUUGAACCUCGAGAGCAUCGUCUCUCAACUCUCCACCAGCCCGCCUCUGCACGAGUACCGGUUUACAUCAAAAUAUGACACCGAUUUAGCUGAGACGGUUGCAAAGCUUGUAAAUAUCACAGCACUGGAUAUUGUCAAAGCCCUGGAAUCCGACGGUAUUGAUGUUGCAACUAAGGAGAAGGCCGAAGCGUUGCUACAGGCCUUCCUCCCCCAUGUCUUGCGUUACUUCUCCGACGAAUAUGAUGAGAUAUGCUCGACAAUCGUUCCUUGUGUGAAUGACAUGCUCACUUACUUCCGAAAGGUUGCAAAGAAGAACCCUGAAUUGGCAUCUCAGCAGAAUCACAUGUUGCUACCAAUUCUCAAGGCUAUCAUUCAAAAAAUGAGAUACGACGAGACUUCAAGCUGGGGAAGCGAAGAUGACCAGACAGAUGAAGCAGAGUUCCAGGAACUACGACGGAGACUCAACGUUCUACAGCAGAUAAUCGCAUCAACAAACGAGCAGCUCUUUAUCGAAGCCGUCACUGACGUCGUUCGCUCGACAUUCUCUAGUUUAAGACAGCCGGGGGCACAACUAGACUGGCGUGACCUUGACCUAGCUCUACAUGAGAUGUUCCUCUUCGGCGACCUUGCAACAAAGGCCGGAGGACUCUACAAUAAGCAUAAGCCCAACAAUCCUGCCGCGGAACGCCUGAUAGAAAUGAUGCUGGUCAUGGUCGAGUCCGAUGUCCGCUCGUUCAACCAUCCGGCCACUCAGCUGCAGUACAUGGAAAUAUGCGUGCGUUAUAGCGCAUUCUUUGAACAUCAUUCCCAUCUCCUUCUGGGUGUUUUAGAAGGGUUCCUUCGCCUUGCCCAUCAUCAGAUGCUAAAGGUGAGGACCAGGUCGUGGUAUCUAUUUCACCGUCUCGUAAAGCAUCUUCGGGCUUUUGUGGGGAAUGUUGCGCAAACCGUCGUCGAAGCUCUUAGUGACCUUCUCACCAUUAACGCCGAAGUGCCUGGCGAUAACUCUGAUGGUGAUGACCUGUCCUCUGAGGAUAUUGGGGGGUCCCGAGACACAGUUUUUACUAGUCAAUUGUACCUUUUCGAGGCCAUUGGAACUAUCUGUUCAACAGCGUCAUCGGUUGAAAAGCAAGUGUACUUUGCACAAUCAAUCAUGAACCCCAUCUUCAUGGACAUGGAAAAGAAUCUACAAGCUGCACAAGCAAACGAUGAACGUGCCAUUCUGCAGAUUCACCAUGAUAUCAUGGCACUUGGUACCCUUGCCAAAGGUUAUUCUGACUGGACGCCAGGAUCAACGUCCCCCCAAGCACCACCCCCUCCGGAAGUAUCAGAAGCAUUUGGACAAGUAUCAGAGGCAACACUAGUUGCUCUUGAGUCUUUAAAGAGUUCUUUCACUAUCAGAACUGCAGCUAGAUUUGCAUUUUCCCGACUCAUCGGCGUUAGAGGAUCGAGAAAUCUACCACAACUACCUAGAUGGAUCGAUGGUCUACUUACCGCUACUUCCUCAAAGGAUGAAAUGGCACUAUUCCUUCGGCUUUUGGAUCAAGUUAUCUUCGGUUUUAAGUCGGAGAUUUACUCCAUUCUCGACACUUUAUGGACACCUUUUCUUCAGAGAGUAUUUUCUGGUAUUGCCGAGCCAAUAACAGGCACAGACGAUGAGAUUCAGCUAGCCGAGCUAAAACGUGAAUAUCUUAACUUUUUGCUCAUGAUACUGAAUAAUGACCUUGGCUCCGUGAUCAUCAGUAGCUCGAACCAAUCCAUCUUUGAAACCGUCAUUUCAACCAUUGAGCACUUCGCGAAAGAUGCAGAUGAUUUCCCAACAGCAAAAAUGGCAUUCCUUGUUCUCGCUAGGAUGUCUAGCCUUUGGGGAGGUCCAGAUAUCGUGGCUCCGGUGAAUGGCACCAACACUACCCAACAAGAAACCGCCCUGCCUGGGUUCGCCCAGUUCAUGAUAACCCGCUUCUCUCCUCUAUGCUGGGCAUUACCAAUGAAUUCCUCGUUUAAUUCCAAAGAUGCCCAGGCAAAGCAGGUCCUUGGAGAAGCAGCAGCGAUGCAAAAGGUGAUCUACUCAAAAACUGGCCCUGAGUACCUUCAAUGGCUCCGAACGUCUGAAUUACCAGGAAUGGGGAUGGGAGAAGACCUGAUCAAUGAAUAUGUAUCAUCUUUAGAGCAGCUAGAUGUAAAGGCUUUUCGGCAGUUUUUCCAGGCAUUUAUACAACGGUUAAGCGCAUGA